AUGACACAUUGUUGCAAUUUGCAAAACCCACAAAUCCUAAAACCCUCCUUCAACCUCCCAAGAUUUUGACACUUUCCCCCUUCCAUGGCUUCCCUAUUCAGAAUUUCCCGAAAAUGUCGUCUUCCUUCUUCAUUUUCUCUCUCCGGAAACCUCACACAUCGGAAAUGGUUACCUCUUCUCCGACCACUUCGAUGCUUCCAAGAAUCCCCGACCCAAUUUCGUGCUCACUCUUCUGAAACGACAAAGGUCCGAUCACCGUUCGAUUCCAAUAUUAUACGAAUUCUUCGCACCGAGGUCGAAUAUCAGUCUGAAUAUGCUCCGCCUGAAGAGCCUCCCGCAAGUUUCAAUAUAUUUUCAGUUGAACACCGCCCAGGUGAGCAAUUUGUAAGGCUCCGAUGCAAGUUUGGUGAAAAAGAAGAUAUCAAAAUUGAGGCUACUAUGUUUGAUGGUUGUGUAUCCGACCCAAAACCCGGGGACGAUGCUGAUGGCGAAGACAUUCGUCUUCACAUAAGCUUACUGGUUGACAUAUACAAGGGAGAGGGAUCUGAUGGAUUAGGAUUUGUGUGCUCCGCAUGGCCAGAUGGCUUGGAGAUCAUGAAAGUCUACAUGCUUCGUGGCAACAAAUUUCUGCCUAAAGCUCAUAUGGGGCCUAAUAUAAGAAACUUGGACCCCAAGCUCCGUAAGGCACUUCAUCAAUACUUGGAAGCAAGAGGGGUGAAUGAUGAACUUUCUGUUUUCUUGCAUCAGUACAUGUUCAACAAGGAUAGAACUGAACUCCUGAGAUGGUUAGAAACGGUGAAGUCUUUUGUCGAACUGUAGAGUGCCUUUCUGGCUUCCCCUGGAAGAUCAAUUGUAUGGUAAUGACAUUGAUACUGUUUAGACUUUAGGGGGUAUAAAAUGUUCCUUAACAUAAAUGAUUUGUUCAUAAUAUACAAAGUAUUCCUCAAAUUCUUCUUUUCAUAUUACUUGCUUGCUGAAUAUUGACGAAAUUGACAAUUUUUGAGGUUUAAUACUUAA